UCCCGAUUCUAAAGUCCUCACGCACCCACUGUGACUCAGAGUCUCCCCAAAUGCGGAGGUUGGGGUCAUGGCGCCCCGAACCCUCCUCCUACUGCUCUUGGGGGCCCUGACCGUCACCAAGACCUGGGCUGGGUCCCACUCCUUGAGGUAUUUCAGCACCGCCACGUCCCGGCCCGGCCGCGGGGAGCCCCGAUACAGGUACAUCGGUGUGGGCUACGUGGAUGACACGCCGUUCGUGCGGUUCGACAGCGACGACCCGAGUCCGAGGAUGGAGCCGCGGGCGCCGUGGGUGGAGCAGGAGGGGCCGGAGUAUUGGGAGGACCAGACAGGGGUCGUCAAGGCCAACGCACAGACUGACCGCGUGGCCCUGCGGAAACUGCUUCGCUACUACAACCAGAGCGAGGGCGGGUCUCACACCCUCCAGGGAACGAAUGGCUGUGACGUGGGGCCCGAUGGACGCUUCCUCCGCGGGUAUCACCAGCACGCCUACGACGGCAAGGACUACAUCUCCCUGAACGAGGACCUGCGCUCCUGGACCGCGGCGGACGUGGCCGCUCAGAUCACCCAGCGCAAGUGGGAGGCAGAGAACUAUGCCGAGGAGUUCAGCACCUACCUGAAGGGCGGGUGCGUGGAGUGGCUCCACAGAUACCUGGAGAACGGGAAGGAGACGCUGCAGCGCGCGGAUCCUCCAAAGACGUACAUUGCCCACCACCCCAUCUCUGACCAUGAGGCCACCCUGAGGUGCUGGGCCCUGGGCUUCUACCCUGCGGAGAUCAUGCUGACCUGGCAGAGGGAUGGGGAGGAACAGACCCAGGACACAGAGCUUGUGGAGACCAGGCCUGCAGGGGAUGGAACCUUCCAGAAGUGGGCGGUUGUGGUGGUGCUUUCUGGGGAGGAGCAGAGAUACACGUGCCGUGUGCAGCACGAGGGGCUGCUGGAGCCCCUCACCCUGAGAUGGGAGCCGUCUUCUCAGCCCACCAUCCCCUUCGUGGACAUUGUUGCUGGCCUGGGUGUUCUUGGAGCUGUGGUCACUGGAGCUGUGGUCACUGCUGUGAUGUGGAGGAAGAAGAUCCAGGGAAGGGAUAGAAACAGAGGGAGCUACUCACAGGCUGCAAGUAAAUGACUGUUUUUACAUUGGAAAACACCUUUAAAGUAAAAACAAAGAAA